AUGUGUGAUUAUCAAAGUGGAUUUAUUUAUCAUUAUCAAAAUAUUACUGAUAUUCCUACAAAAAUUGAUAUAAUUAUUAUUAUAUUUUCAUGUUAUAUAAUAUUGAUUAAUCAAUUUAUAUUAUUUUUAUUAUUUCAAGCUUAUUUAUUAUCAUCAUCACAAUUUGUAAAUAUUUUAAUUAUGAUUCAAAUAAUAUUUGAUACAUUUGUUUGUAUUUCACAAAUUGGUAAUAAAUUUUGUCCAUUUUUUUUAAUUACAUCAGAAAUGUGGAUCAAUAUAUUAGGUUGUCAUAUAUGGACAAGUGAAUUUUUAAAUAAUUUAUUUAAUACAUUUACUAGACAAACAAUUAUUACAAUGAUUAUUGAACAUUAUUUAUCGAUUUAUAUACCAAAUUUAAAUUUAUUAAAUUAUCCUAAAUUAUUAGGUGGUAUUUAUUGUUUAUUAGUAGUAUAUAAUAUAAUUUCUAAUUUAUAUUUAAUUCUUUUAGUUAAAUUAGAUCAAACUGGUCAAUGUAUAAUUAUUUCAAAAAUGUUAAUCAAUAGUAGUGAUCGAUUAGAAUUAAUUAUUUUCAAUUAUAUUUCAUUGAUACUUGGUGAUAUUAUACCAUUUAUAGUGAUAACUAUUAUCAUUAUAUUAAUAAUAUUACAUCAUUAUAAAAUUAAAUUGAUUACAAAAGAUGAAAAUCAAAUGAAACCAUUAGAAAAUUAUUUAACAUUAUUAUUAAUUAUUUGGUGUUUACCAGAAAUUUUAAUUACAAUAUGUGAUAUAUGUCAACAUGUAUGUGAAACAUAUAUAGAAUAUGAAAUGAUAUGUGAUAUAACACAUCAUUGUUUAGAAUUAUUACGUUCAGUUACAUUUAUAUUACAUUCAAUGAGUUUAUUUAUUUUUUUAAAACCAAUAAGAAUUGAAGCUUUAAAAACAUUCAAAAAUAUUUUAAAAUUUUAAAAAAAAAUAUUUUCAUUUUUCUAAAAGUUAUAAUUUCUUAUUAAAUACUCUUUUCAAUGGUUAAGAUCAUGAGUCAAUUGAAGCUAGACCACCAUGGAAAAUCUUGAAGCACUGGGCGGCCAUUUCGUCCUAUUGUGGGACUCCUCAGCAAUGGUGGAUGUGUCACUACACUUCGUGGAUUAGUUGAAGUAAGACAUUAAUACCGUUGGAUGCCAACCAGCUCAGUGGUCUAAUGGUUAAGUGCUCGAGCGCGAAAUCAGUAGGUCCUGGGUUUGAAUCUCACAGAGGGCGAGGUUGUGCAUGCGCACCGCUGAGGAGUCUCACAAUCGGACGAAACGGCCAUUCAGUGCUUCCAUGUUUUCCAUAUUGGGCUAGCUUCAACUGACUCAUAAGCUUAACCAUUGAAAUUACUAUCAUAUCCACAAAAACCCAUAAAAUAUUAUUUUAUUGUGUAUUUUUUCAAAUUUGUCAAUUUACAUUUUAUUAUGAAAUAUUGAUUGAAAAGUUUAUUAUUCUUAUUAUAUUUGUUAAUACAUUGUCAAUUAGUACCAUUUAUAUGUUCUGUUUAUUCAUGUGAUCCAUUUU